AUGUGUCCAGUGCUCUAUAUCCUGGUCACUACUCAUUCGCCGCUUAUCAUUGUCAUCCGCGUUUCAUUUCGCCAGAAUCGCCACUCUCGUCAGCGCCGACUUCAUUUGGCUGACCCCUCUUAUCGUUUCAGGAUGCUUCUGCUCCUCGCCGCUCUUGUUCCAUUGGCUUUGGGCCAAUCACCUCUAACCAAAGCAUGGAAUGAAGCGUUGCCAGGAGUACAGCCGUUCUGGGAGAAGUACCAAACAGGACCACAUGGCGUCGUCAUCCGAGGAUGGCAAUUCAGCAGAUGUGCCAGCGAGCAAUGGACCAACUACGUCGUGAACGUUUCGAAUAUCGUCAUUUGGCCCGACUAUCCUCGUUUUCCGGGUCCGAUCUUCUUCAAUGUAACGAUGGACGUAUCCGAAGAUCUACCCGUCGACAAAAUCGAAAUGGAUCUCGAGGUUCGCCAUGCGGUGACGAAUAAACAAGGUUCUAAAGGAUGGCAAGUGAUCCCAUGUCAAGGAUGGAACAUUAUUGAUGGCUGUGAUGGAGUUGGAUCGUGGUAA